UCCUUCACUGGAGGAUUCCUACACUUAAGACGGUCAUGCGACGCAACUCUAUCUGUAUUCGCCUUUCGUCCAAAGCGUGAAGGCUUCCAGCUACCCAGUCUAAUAAUCCUCGCUUAUUUAUUUUUGUGUACGUCAACUCACUACAUCGCAACUUAAUCGACUCCUAUUUAACGCUAUUCUAAAUCUUACAAUUGUUUUUACGUUUACAUCAGCGAGCAUAUUUAAAUGCAUAUUUAUCUAAUUGAUAACACGUGCGGUUUAGACAAUGGAAAGUAACAGCGAAGAGGGAAACAGCGGAAAACCACGCGAAACAGUGACGUUGGUUCUCAAAGAGGAGCGAUUCGAAGUUGAGAAGCAAAAAUUGAUCGACAAGAGUCAGUACUUUGCUGCGCUUUUGUCCGCAAACUUUAUAGAAUAUGGACAGACAGAACACAUUGUCAACUAUGAUAUUUCCUCGAUUUUGCUGCAGGAUUUUAUUGGUUGGACUCAUGACAAAAUUGCAUUUACAUCUGCAACAAGUUAUGAUUUUGAAGAGCUUGAUCGUCUCUUGAGUCUAUUGGAAUUAGGCGUUCUAUUUGCAGCAGAUAAAUUAAUAGAAGAUAUAACCGACAAGCUUGAGAGACACUUUAUGUUACCAAUAUAUGCGAUUAAAAUUUGGUUACUGGCACAAAAAUUAAAUAUUAAUGUGCUACGAGAUCUUUCUUUGGCUGUUUGCUUAGAUCGUUUCGAUGAACUGCCACUCGAUUCAAUUUAUGAGUUGUCGAAAGAGCAUUUUAUGAAGUUAAUUGGAAACAUCAAUUUAAGAGCUACAGAAUCUCAUUUGCUUGAUAUUACACGCGAGUGGAUGAACCAUCAUGAUGAUUUUACAAUUCCUUUAGAUAUCUUGAAGAAGAAAAAACAAAAAAUUUUACAGAGCAUUAUAUCUUGUGAAGAUAAUAAUGGUGAACAAUAUAUUCACUGCUGGGAUGGUAACAAUUUUUUUGAGUUAACUUCAUUCGAAUAUCCUCCAGAUAUCGUCGAACAUGCCAGCACUAGUAGUUCUCUUGAAGGAAUGCAAAUCACUGCGAGAAGAUACCAAUUAUAUCUUUGUGGUGGAGAAUACGGUAUUGGUUCAGGAAUAUUCAACAAAAAUGUAUGGCGUUAUUCUUUGAUAUCUAAGAAAUGGAUUCUUGAGACAGUUAUGCCAGUUGAGAGAAGAGAUAUGAUUACUGUGUUUUUGAAAGACAAAUUGCAUCUUGUAGGAGGUUUGGGACGGGAUCAACAACUACUGAAGACUAUUGAUAUCUACGAUACUUAUACAGGGUUGUGUGGGAUGAUGUGCAACAAGGGGUGAUGUGCAACGUUUCCGAUUCCAGGUCUGCAUGUCGACAUUUGACAGAAUCGCAUACUGCCAUGUGUUUGUGUCGACAGUACCUUGUUUUAGAUAAAUAACUCGCUAGAUAGUACGCCCCUGGUUUGCUGUACGAAAAGCGAGUUAAAUUUCUCGAGCUGAAAGUUUUUUUUGCUUUUCACAUUCAUAGUGAUUUCGUGAAUUGGUUUUAGUCAUCUUAUAGGUAAAUAUUUUUAUAUUGUUAGUUUUUCAAGUGCUUUUGAUAAUCCAAAGCGAUUUUGUGAUUUCCUUACAUUCAUACAUGUGUUGGUGUCACGCCCGCCAGUCCGUGCAAAAUAGCGUGUUUGGGGUGAUGUGCAACACUGUGUCGACUUGCAAGAUCGCAACUAUUUUACUUGUGACAACUGCGAUUCAGAUGAUAAAAAAUAAAGUUUUUUGCGUUUUUCCUUUCAUUAUAUUAAUUUUUAAGCGAUAAAUAAAUAAGAAAUCAAAUAAAAAAUGAUUUUUUUUGUGAAAUUUCCAUUUGUCAGAGGUCAAUUACGACACAGUGAAAUUUUUUGUUUACCAGAUUUCCAUUUAUUUGUAUUUAAGAAGCCCGUUAAGUCGAUUGAUGUCGAUAUUCAUGCAUUUUUACCUUAAUUUUACUUGUGUUGCACAUCACCCUAAGAAAAUUUGAAAAUGCUAAAACAGACAUUUUUUUGAAAUCUCGAAAAAUUUUUAGAAAAAAUUUAAAAUUUUGAAAAUCUAAUCACGCAGAAUUUUAGUAUUUUCCUUCCUCUACAUUACACAGCAUUCAAGAAUUUGAUUUUUGAAUAUGUUUUCUGACCAACGAAAAAAAGUGUUGCACAUCACCCCACACAACCCUACAUAAUUUAAGUAGAAAUUAGUAUAUAUUUUUCAUAGAGAUUAUGUCAUAGGAUUGCUUUUCAUUAUUAUUAUUUAUGAAUUUAAUAUGUUGAUCUUUAAACUUAUCUUUUAUUAAUAAAAGACAUUUUAU